UUCUUCUUCUCUCACCUCUUCCUCCGGUUAUCGUUUACUUAACCUGUUCUUAUUUUCGAUAACCGGAUUAUUUUCUUGCACAAGAAAAAAUCUUGAGCCACACAUUUUUUUUGGUCUUCUUCUUCUUCAUCUCUCUGCUGAUGGAAAAAUCGGAAAUUAGAAGCAAAAGUGGUUGAUUUUCACCGAGAAAUUUGACAGAAGUUUCCUCAGAUGGUGCAUUAUUGUGUGAUCAAGAUUGCUUAAAGAAAUGGUUUUGGCGGUUUGUGUUGGUAAUUCUUCUCUUGUAUCAAUGGAACUGAGGUGGGCAAGAAGAAGAAAAUCUGAUAAUGCUGCAUCGGCAUUGCCUUGGUCUAUACCUAUAUAUAUCUCUACGUUGAAGAAAGACAUAAAUCUUGAGGAAUUGAGGAAUUUGUAUUCACUUUGUAACCAUUCUAGCAACCGUUUGUCUGAGUAUGGCAGCAACGUUGAAAAGAUUGUUGACAUGAAAAAGCUGCGUGUAGCUAUCUCCCGUAGUGAUGUUGUUGUCUCUGUGUUUUGCAAACCUCGUCACGCGGAUGUUGAUGAUGCGGUUUUGUAUUCAGAAGAGAAUUUGUCUUCUUCUUUGUAUCAUUCAGAAUUUGGGAGACAGAAUAAGGAUGAGAGUUCUCUGGGAGACUUGUUUCAGAAUGUGUUGCCUCUAACUCCUUCCAAUGGACAGCUUGUUGGAUUCGGUCGUGCUUAUUCUGAUUAUGGCUUGACUGCUUCUAUCCAUGAUCUAAUGGUACUUUUAUUUGUAGCACCAAGUUUAACAGUGUUUUCCAGGUUUUACCUUCACUACAACGGAUGGGAAUCGCUCGUGAAAUAUCAAAUUGCUUCAUUCAUCGAAAACUGUUUCAAUAGGCUUCUCACAAGCAGAGACAUCUACGACAUAGCAGCUCUCUGCUUUGAGGAUGAAAGGCCAUUCUUCAAAGCCUGUGGGUUUGGAGAUGACAGGAUGGGUUCCACAACAAUGAUGUUCACAAAGAGCUUGGAGGCAUAAAACCGAAGCGAGAACGCUGAUAGACCUUCAGAAACUGCAGGUCAAAGCAAGUUAUAUUGAUCUCUAAAUGAUGACCAACGAGAAAGGCCAAAGAUUCAGAGUCUUUCUUGCAUUUGGAUUUGAUGUCUGGUGGUUUACUCUCUUUUAUUCUUCUUAUCUCUUUCCAUGUAAGGCAAAGCUACUUAAUCCCAUGUUAGUUGUCCUCGAUUAGAAGAAUACAUUAUAUAAUGUUUACCAAAAAAAAACAAGAAUACAGUAUAUAAUAUCUUAUAAUGACUUCUCUUGA